CAGCUUGAGGCUGCAGCGGCCAGACUGCAGGGGCGCUGGAUGUGUUGAGGCAUAGGCACUAGCUGCUGGAGUUGUAUCUCUUUCAGGAAGCGGUGCUGCAUGUUCCCUCUCCAAGGGUACAUGUAAAGAUGGACAUCCAAGGAAUGGACGACGCGUUUGAGAGGGUCGCAAAGAAGCAGAAGACAACCUACGCAAAGACAAACGAAGUCAUUGAGAAGUUGUUAGAAAAUAUUAAGCAAGCGGAGCAGCUAGCUGGGUCAAGCCCUGCUACUGGGGAGAUUCUCGGGGGCCUCCAAGCAAAGGUCAAUGAGCUUGGACCGCAAGGUCAAAUAGCAGGGGCGCAGAAGGAGCUUGCGGGUGCUCUGAGCAAGUAUGGGAAGCUGCUGGACAAGAGCUUCACGACGGACGUGUCGAGGGCGUGCAGGAACAUCUUCAAGUCCUGCCAGGAGGAGGACCUCCGCCAAGACCUGCUCAAUGAGGUCAUUGCGCAGCACUUGUUUCGGGAGGGGCACUUCGAGCUGGGCGAAAGUUUCCUUCAGGAGGCGGACAUCACAAUCCCCGACAACAUGCGGCAGCCGUUCUUGGAGAUGUACCAGAUCCUGGAGCAAAUAAGGCAACACAACCUCGAGCCUGCGCUCGAGUGGGCGCGCGCGCACGGUCCCGCGCUGCGCGCUCGCCACCGCUCCGACUUCGAGUUCCGGCUACACCAGCUGCACUUCGUGCACCUUCUCCACGCGCAGGGACGCGCGCCCGCGCUCCUCUACGCGCGCGCGCACUUCGGCCCCUUUGCGAGCACGCACAUGGCGGACAUCCAGCGGCUUAUGGGGUGCAUGCUCUGGGUCGGGAAGCUCCCCGCGUCGCCGUACGCGGACUUAUUAGCGGAGUCGCAUUGGGAUGCGAUCGCCGCGGAGUUCCGACGGGAGUGCUGUUGCGAGUUAGGGCAGAGUUUGGAGAGCCCACUGAAGGUGACGAUCUCGGCCGGGGCGCAGGCGCUGCCGACGCUGCUGAAAUGGGCGACGCUACUUGCCGAGAAUAAGCUGGACUUGAACGUGGGGAAGCACUUGCCGGUCGAGAUAGAGAUGGGGCGGGAGUUACAGUUUCACUCGAUAUUUGCGUGCCCGGUUUCGAGGGAGCAGAGCACGGCGGAGAACCCGCCCAUGCUGCUGCCGUGCGGGCACGUGCUGUGCAAGAUAUCAAUACAGAAGUUAGCAAAGGGGAACUCGCGGGCGUUUAAGUGCCCCUACUGCCCCCAAGAGGCGACGGUAGGACAGUGCAAGCAGGUGCAUCUGUAGGUAUACGAGGACGGAGGUAGUGCAGGACGAGCUUGCUACAGUAGAAGCUCGGUUGUUAGGCCGUUGGCCCCGGUAAACGUGUACAAAGGCUCCUCUAGUCCACUGAUCAUGCACUUCGUUACGACUGUAUCAAAAGUCGUCAGUCGUUGUAGUAUGCUGCUUCGCAGAAAGUCAUUCGUCCUUUAUCAUGCAA